UCCGUAAAAGAGUAAGGCUAAUUUCGUCAUUUCAAUUUUUUCUGAUGAAAGUAAUCAAUUAAAAUCUAGCAUAAAUAAGGAAAUCCAAAACCCGAUUCAUUGCAUCUCUCUCAAUCAUGCGAAUUUGAUUGCUCGCCAGAUUUGAAAGAAGCUCAGUCAGCGUUGCAGCUAUCCCAAAUGUUGCAAUGAAAUUGUAGCAAACUGUCGUUUGUUUUAGGAUUUACAAGACCUAGGAGCAUCAUUUGUAGAGGCUGAUAUCUUACCGGCAAAAGAAUCAGAAGAAUUUGACUCCUAUUUGUGGCUAAUGGCAACCAAUGAAAAUCUUCCACCUAAUGUGGUAAAACAACUCGCCAAGGAACUGAAGAAUCUUGAUGAAACUCCACCUGAAGGCAUUAAAGUAUGCAUUAAUGAUGAUGAUUUCUCCACCAUAUUUGCUUAUAUUGAAGGACCAGCUGGAACUCCAUAUGAAAAUGGUGUUUUUCGCAUGAAGUUAUUGUUAUUGCAUGACUUCCCACAAUCGCCUCCCAAAGGCUAUUUUCUGACAAAGAUCUUUCAUCCUAAUAUUGCAACUAAUGGUGAGAUUUGCGUAAACACACUGAAAAAAGAUUGGAAUCCAAGUCUUGGAUUGCGACAUGUUCUUCUUGUGGUCAGGUGUCUACUGAUAGAGCCAUUCCCAGAAUCGGCUCUAAAUGAACAGGCUGGCAAGAUGUUGCUCGAGAACUAUGAGGAAUAUGCAAAGCAUGCCAGGCUCUACACUGGGAUCCAUGCCCUUAAGCCAAAAGCAAAAUCCAAGACAGGCGCCAUCUCCGAGUCUACCACUGCACUGAAUGUGGACCAAACAAACACAGUCUGUAGCACGACCGCUCUGUCAUUGCCAUCUCCUUUACCCAGCAGCAAAGCAGGUAGCGGAGCUGGCAACGGCCAAGAUCAGCCUGCAACUACUACCACCAUGGAGACCAUGUCAAUAGGAGGGGCAUCAACGGUUCAAAAGAAGGAAGGGCUGUCUGUUGUCGCCACUGCUGCUGCUGCCACCAACAAAGUCCAGAUGGUGGACAAGAAGAAGAUGGAUGCUAGAAAGAAAAGCUUGAAGAGAUUAUAGACAGGAAUAGCCCUGUAUGCUGAACUUUCAGUAAUGGAGUUGGAAAUGGAAAUGCAGUAACUGUGUUGGGGGCUAACAUGAUUUGAGUUGGUAGAAGAGAAUGGCAGAAAAUAACAAUGAGAAGAUAAAAGGGGAUAACAGUAUGCACCGAGGAGAAGAGUGGAUCAAAUGGUCUGCCACAGGAGUUGGACGUUGAGUUGCCAUGGUCCUGUGAUUCCAAACCGUUGAUCUGAUGGGACCCACUGUUGAUGGGGAAUGACAUGGAAACCACUCAGAUCAGAAGAUCUGCUCCAUGCAGGAUUCUCAGCCUCCGGCGGUCAUUUAUGUUCAGUAAUCAUAACUCUUUGAUCUCCCAAUAGAUCCGAUGAUGAUGUGAAGAUGGUAUUGGAAAUCUCCCAGCUUGGUAGACCUAUUGGUUUU